AUCUGGCUGUCUCUCUGUUUUGUUUGAAGUCCUUGCUCCUCUGCCUUCACGCACUCCUGUGGAAGGUUCUGCAGACAACUGUGGCCGACAGAAUAAUAGCCUCCCAAAUAUGCCCACGCCCUGAUCCUCAGAAGCUAUGAAUCUGUUUUGUUACGUGGCGAAGGACUUGCAGGUGUGACAAGUAAAGACUCCUAGGACGGGGCGCCUCUCCUGGAUUAGCAGGUGGGCCCCAUAUAAUCACAGGGCUCCUCGUAGGAGGAGUUACAGCAGGGGGUGUGUGAGGAAGCAGGGGUCAGAGGAGUGCUCUUGCCAGAAGGAGGCCACAAACCAGAGAACACAGAAGCCUCUAGAAGCCGGAAAAGUCAGGGAAACGGUUCUCCUCUAGAGCCUGCAGAAAGAACGCCACUUUGCCAGCCUAUUUAAGACUUCUGACCUCCAGAACUGGCUCCUGCUCCACGACGUGACCAUGGCCGGGCUGCAGGAGCUGCGAUUCCCUGAGGAGAAGCCACUGCUCCGGGGCCAGGACGCCGCUGAGCUGGAGAACUCCGACACCUUCCUCUUGGCGGUGGACACAGACUGGAAGGAACAUGACAUCGAGACGCCUUACGGCCUUCUGCACGUGGUGAUCCGGGGCUCCCCCAAAGGGAACCGCCCGGCCAUCCUCACCUACCAUGAUGUGGGCCUCAAUCACAAGCUGUGCUUCAACACCUUCUUCAACUUUGAGGACAUGCAGGAGAUCACCAAGCACUUUGUGGUGUGCCACGUGGAUGCCCCUGGUCAGCAGGUGGGGGCGUCACAGUUUCCCCAGGGGUACCAGUUCCCCUCAAUGGAGCAGCUGGCCGCCAUGCUCCCCAGCGUGGUACAGCAUUUUGGGUUCAAGUACGUGAUUGGCAUCGGAGUAGGAGCCGGAGCUUAUGUGCUGGCCAAGUUUGCACUUAUCUUCCCCGACCUGGUGGAGGGGCUGGUGCUGAUGAACAUUGACCCCAACGGCAAAGGCUGGAUCGACUGGGCGGCCACCAAGCUCUCCGGCCUGACCAGCACUUUACCUGACACAGUGCUAUCCCACCUCUUCAGCCAGGAGGAGCUGGUGAGCAACACCGAGCUGGUGCAGAGCUACCGGCAGCAGAUCGGGAACGUGGUGAACCAGGCCAACCUGCAGCUCUUCUGGAACAUGUACAACAGCCGCAGAGACUUGGACAUUAACCGGCCUGGAACAGUACCCAAUGCCAAGACACUCCGCUGCCCCGUGAUGCUGGUGGUCGGGGAUAACGCGCCUGCUGAGGACGGUGUGGUGGAGUGCAACUCCAAACUGGAUCCAACCACCACGACCUUCCUGAAGAUGGCAGAUUCCGGGGGGCUCCCCCAAGUCACACAGCCAGGGAAGCUGACUGAGGCUUUCAAAUAUUUCCUGCAAGGCAUGGGCUACAUUGCAUACUUGAAGGACCGAAGGCUGAGUGGAGGAGCAGUGCCCUCGGCCAGCAUGACCCGCCUUGCCCGCUCUCGUACCGCGUCGCUCACCAGUGCCGGUUCGGUGGAUGGCAGCCGCCCGCAGGCCUGCACCCACUCGGAGAGCAGCGAGGGGCUGGGCCAGGUCAAUCACACCAUGGAGGUGUCCUGUUGAAGCCCCUAGCCUGGCAGAGAUGCCCACCUGCCCCCGCCCGCAUCGACGUCCCACUGGCAUCCUCGCGCCGGCUCAUUUUCCCUUUAGUUUAUUUUUGUGAAGGCCGGGGGAGGAAAUGGGUUCACUUCUCUUUUGUUAAAAACGUCAGGGGAUUCAUCCUAGAUGCUGCAGCAGAACGGUCUCCAGAUGGUUUGAGAGGCUCGCUCCUCCCCACCCCCACCUCACUCACCUUGUUAACUUGGCUGACUUAGGCCCCUCUUCCAACUCCCCACAGUCUGGGCAGGGCUCAGGGAGGAAGGGGAUCUGCUAAGGAAAGAGUUCAAGUCCUUCUCUGGGCAGGAUCCAGGGUAAUAUCCUGGACUGAAGAAAGCAUGGGAUGACCCCCAUGGGCAGGGCAGGUUUGAAGAUGGGAUGGGGUUUUGAGGUGGUGUGCUGGGACAGCAGGAGCAUGGGGUCCAGCUCAGGCACCGGGGUGACAGGAGACAGCACAGGGGAGCACUAGGAGGUAGGGGCCCUGGAGCUCUGCAGGCCCCUUUCUCCCCAUCUCCCCCACCAAGCACAUCUGUUUCUGUCUUUUGCACAUGUGACAAUCAUCUGAACCAUAGCCACAAGGGGGCGCUCUGACCAGGCAGCAGUUUUCCUGGUGCUCUCUGGGCUAGCCUGGUGAUGUAGGGCCAGGCAGACAGGCAGGCAGGGGCUGAACAGGGUUUCUCUGCUCCAGGAAGACCAAACACAGAGGACCUUACAGGUAGGAACACCACAGACCGUCCCAGCCCACACACUCCACCACCUCGUGGCCCUGUCCCAUGUCUGAGCCAAGGCCCUGAGGUAGAAAGUCACCUGAUCCUGUAUCUCCAUAGGGGCCUGACUUGGGGGCUGAACUUAAAUGCUGGGAUAGCCCAUGAAGGUCGGAUGCACCCCUGAGAACUUCACGGUGUCUGCCUUCAGGAGCCAGUAUGUGACUAGAGACAGUGGUGGCUGAGAUUCCCAGCAGACCCCCUCUUUUGUCCCCAGGUUCCAUGGAGGACAACCCAAUCAGCAGCAGUGUGUCCAAGGCCACCAGAAACAUGGUGUUGUUAGGGAGAGUUCUGGUCAAGCUAUGCCAACAUUUUAUGUGGGCAUCACUAAGCAAGAAGAGAUUUUAUCUGGAAAGAAAUGGUCUAAGGUAGUGAGACUUCUGCAGGCCCACAUCACCAUCUCAGGACUGUUGGAGUGGCUUGGGCUGGGGCUUGCUGGGUCCUGGGGUGGGAGGUGGAGGUUCCAAAAGAGAACAAGGUCCAGGCAGAAGAGAAAGGCUCUCCAUGUACCCCAGUCCCCUCCUUUCACGUGAAGCCCAGGACUGAGCCACACACAUCCAACCCACCUGCACCAUCAGGGAGAAUCUCCUGGCCCAGAAACAGGAGCCACUUGUCUUGGAGCCUAAAUCAAUUGCCACAAAGUCUAAAACAAGUAAAAGAGCAAUGAUAAAGGCAGUGCUAUGGAGGGGACAGUUGCGUGUGGGGUGCUCUGAGGCUGAGAGGACACCUGCAUCCACAUUUCUGCACAUAUCACCCCCUUCUAGAAUCUUAAGCCAUUACUAGACUGCUCUAGAGCCUGGUGGAGUGUUAGUCUGUCCCCAGUUCUAUUCACUCACGUGCUUCCUUUGAAUAUCAAAUGUGACUGUUUGAAAAGCUGGUAGAAUUAACCCCUCUUAACUGUAGAUAGCGCUGCAAAUCUUGGAUUUUUUUUUUUUCUGUCUUCUUUCAGAUAAGAUAUCUAUAAAUAUCUAUACAUUAUAUAUAUAUAUGUAUAUAUAUAUAUAUAUGUAUAUUGGGUCUUCCUGCGUGUGGUUUUCCAUCGGAGGUUGUCUCUUUGGUCAAAGUGAACUUUUAAUGGAAUUUAUUAUUUUCCUGUCUAUAUAAAGCGAAGAACCUAAUUUUGUGUAUUCUGGUGGCUGAUGUCAUGAAACUUUGAGACGACAAAAUGUAAAACAAAUAAAAACCCUUGUCAAAGUA